AUGCUCCUCCGGCCGUCAUCCUCACUGUUCUCGUCUGUCGCGAGACAAAGUAUAGUCACGAGACGCCCGUCGUUGGCCAUAAUCGACGACUACCUCAACACAUCCGGCCCGCACUUUGCGCAUAUUCCGGCCUCAAGUCUGCAAGUGACGACAUUCAACGACACCAUCAUCCCCGCCAAUGAGACGGAAACCGCCCGCCUGGUCGAUCGCCUGGAACCUUUCGAGCUCAUUUCGACGGUGCGCGAGCGGACCGCAUUCCCGGGUGCCCUGCUGCGCCGGCUGCCCAACCUGAAGCUCCUGUUGGCCACGGGCACGCAGUUUGAAGAGUUUGACCUCGCCGUGGCACGGGAGCUGGGAAUCGCCGUCGUUGCGGCGCCAGGCCGCGGCCGAACCGACCAGCUUGCCGCAUGUAGCACCCCGGCAGGCCACAACAUCAAGAGAGGCCGCGCCCAUCCGACCACGCAGCACACGUGGGCGCUCAUCAUGGCUCUCGCGCGCAACGUGGCCGCCGACGACUGUGCGUUAAAGGCCGGCCGCAAUGCGUGGCAGAGCGGGCUCGCCAUGGGCCUCACCGGCCUCACCCUGGGCGUCGUCGGGCUCGGUCGGCUGGGCGCUGCCGUGGCGCGCAUCGGACACCUUGCCUGGGGGAUGCGCGUGUUGUGCUGGAGUCAUAACCUGACGCAGGAAAAGGCCGACGGCAUGGCGGCCGAGACGGGCCUCUCGCCCGACGCGGGAACCGACGGCAGCAAGACUUUCCUCGCCGUCGCCAAGGAGGAGCUCUUUCGCGAGGCAGACGUCGUCAGCCUGCACUACGUUCUGAGCGCCCGCUCACGGGGCGUCGUCGGGGCCAGGGAACUCGAGCAGAUGAAGCGCUCUGCGCUGCUGGUGAAUACGUCUCGCGGUCCGCUGGUUGACUCGGCCGCGCUUCUCGACGCCAUGGAGCGCGGGCGGCUGCGCGGCGCCGCAUUGGACGUGUAUGAUGUCGAGCCGCUGCCCUUGGACAGCCCGUGGAGGAGAGCCAACUACUGGGGGACGGGCGGGCGUUCGCGGCUCGUCAUGACGCCGCACAUGGGAUAUGCCGACGAGGGUCUGAUGAAUGCGUGGUAUGCCGAAACGGCCGAGAACGUCGAGCGCUGGCUCGAGGGCGAACAACUGUUGCAUCGCAUUGCUUGA